UGUCAUGUUCCUGGAUUAUCGAUCCCCAUGCCCCCGCCUCAUUGUAGUCGUCCCUUAAUGUGCGAAAAGAUUGUGAUAAAGGAGGAGAAGGAGCUUGCUGCAAUGACUGGCACAGGAAAAUGUUUAUCCUACAUUCCAAGUGAAAGCAAAUGGAAAGAAAGGGGUUGGCAUGUGAUAGAGAAUGUAGUGUAUUGCAGUAAUAGUGAUGGGCUGGUAAUGUGGUGUGAGGGAGAGCCCCGAAACCGAGGUGGUUGCGUGGAGAGAGGUGAUGGGCUCGGAGGCUCUCAGGGAUACUCUCGCUGCUUCCAAGCUGGUCAGCUAUGCUGGACGGUUGUGGGAUUCCUGAGGCGAGGCGAUUCAAGAUUCGAGAACUCGAUCAAGUACUUCCCGGGCACAAACUGAGCAACUCUGGUCCCAACUUGUUGAUCUUCUGGGAUGUGCUUGCUCCUCAUAAGUUGGAGAUUUGGUGUGCCGAGAUCUCUUUGGAGAGACGCAAGGAGACUUGCGAUAUUAGAGGAAACAUUGUGUGGUCCCUAGUUGUCAUCACACUCGACCCUCCUCCACAUCACCAGCAUCACUGUGACCUCCCCGUUGUGAUAUAUCAUGUUCCAGUAGCAGAUGCUAUGUAUGACCUUAUCACAGCUGUCUCAGUGGUAUGUUCAUUUUACAACAGUUUCACCAAUCCCUCUGCACUAUCUCUGGAGUUUAUUUGCGUUAGAUGAAGAAAGUAACACAUACAUUGAAAUAAACAAGAGUGACAUGUGGUUGAGCUUGAACCUACUGUUAUCUCCUGCGAUUUUGAAAGCCUUGCAUAGGCAUGAUUGAUUGACCCGGUAACACUCAUUUUAUUGUUC